UGUCGUCUCUCUCUCUCUGUCUUUUGAUCUCCAAACCGCGAAGGAACAACCCAUACGCACAGCCUCCGGUUUUGAUCCUGUGUGCUUCCCACUAUCACCCUCUCUCUGCACAGACAUCAAUGAAAAAGACUUGAAUUCCAAAUUCCCCUCCCUCUCUCUCCCUCUCUCUCUGCGCUUGUAAAAUCCCUCCAAAUUCUCCCGCCCGCCCACUGUAAUCCACAAUGCUCGAUUCUUUAUUCUAAUUCUUCCCGGUUUGCGCCAAUAAUCACGACCCUGUUCAGUUGUUGAUAUAUAUAAGCAACCCCACAAGUAAAUUUCCUUUCUUGGACAACUGUUGAGUUAUUUCUCGAAGGGGAAACUAGACGAUAAACAUGGGGAAGAAGCUCCGGGUGGCGAAGCAGCAGAACGGGACUGCGUCGGAGGUCGGCGAAGAUCCCGGGGUCUCUUCGAGGACUCGAAGCGGGCGUCGGAGAGCGACGAGCGAAGCGAAAGUCCAAGCUCGGGCAGAUGGCGAGAGCGACGAGCUCAAGUUCCCCAAGCAAUGCCGCGCGAGGCAUCUGGAUGAAAAUGGGAAUGCGGUGGAAUCCACAAUGUGUCAUCAGUGCCAGCGGAACGAUAAGGGAAGGGUAGUUCGCUGUACGAGAUGCAGGACAAAGAGAUAUUGCAUCCCCUGCAUAAAUACUUGGUAUCCUCAAUCAACAGAGGAGGCCAUUGCGGAGGCUUGCCCAUUUUGUUGUGGCAACUGCAAUUGUAAAGCAUGCUUGCGCCUGGAUGGGUCACUGAAAAAAAUGCUUGACGCUGGACUAACCUAUGGUGAUGUUGAAAAGUUGCGACACAAUGUGUAUAUUUUGCGAAAGCUUCUGCCAGUCCUGCAGCAUGAGAAUCAAGAGCAAACAUUGGAGAAAAAAUUGGAGGCAGAACUUCAAGGUUUAUCCUUAUCAGAGCUAAGGGUACAGAAAGCAGAUGUUGACGAAGAUGAACGUGUGUACUGCAACAACUGCAGAACCUCUAUAUUUGAUUUUCACCGAAGCUGUCCAAACUGUUCGUACGACCUCUGUCUCAUUUGUUGCCGUGAAAUCCGCGAGGGUCACCUCCAGGGAGGUGAAGAGGAGGUGGUCGCAGAAUACGCUAAUUAUGGAUUUGACUAUUUGCAUGGUGGUAAGCCUCGCCGUCAACGUCUAGAAGAAAAGGUAGACAUUAAUGUCAAUGAUGUAUCUACCUCAGAUGACAAUGUGAAGUCAGUGUUGGAGUGGAAAGCUAAAGAUGAUGGAAUCAUACCUUGCCCUCCAGAAAUUAUGGGUGGUUGUGGAAAUGGCUUGCUCGAAUUGAGGUGCAUAUUUCUUGAUAAACCGCUCUCAGAUUUGGUUGAAAAAGCUGAGAAAUUAGUCCAAGGAUAUGAUUACUUGGAGAUUCAAGAGGAUCCUGGGCAUCGAUGCUCUUGUUUCACAUCAGAUGGCAUUGUUGACCUCGCCAGUGAUAAGUUGAGAAAAGCAGCCUCCCGUGAGGAUUCCGAUGAUAAUUAUCUGUUUUGCCCAACAGCUAAGGACAUCCAAUCUGAAGAUUUGAAGCAUUUCCAGUCCCACUGGACCAAAGGCGAACCUAUUGUCGUAGGCAAUGUUCUUGAAACUGCAUCCGGAUUGAGUUGGGAGCCAAUGGUCAUGUGGCGUGCAUUUCGUCAGAUUACCAAUACGAAACAUGGUCAACACUUGGAUGUGACAGCAAUUGAUUGCUUAGACUGGAGUCUGGUGGAUAUAAACAUUCACCAAUUUUUCAAGGGAUAUACAGAAGGUCGAUCUGACACUAAAUCAUGGCCUCAGAUACUAAAGCUGAAGGACUGGCCACCAAAAAAUGCAUUUGAGGACCGAUUGCCACGCCAUGGGGCCGAGUUUAUGACUGCGUUGCCUUUCAAGGAAUAUACGCAUCCUCGCCAUGGAAUUCUUAAUGUUGCUGUGAAGUUGCCCGAUAAUAUCUUGAAACCAGAUCUUGGGCCGAAGACAUACAUUGCUUAUGGAGUUCACCCAGAGUUGGGGCGUGGAGAUUCUGUUACAAAGCUUCAUUGCGACAUGUCUGACGCUGUAAAUAUCCUGACACAUACUGCAGAGGUGGUUCUCACUCCUGGUCAGCUUCGUUGUGUUAACAAGUUGAAGCAAAAACAUUUUGCACAGGAUAAACGAGAGCUGUAUUCUGAUUCUAAUGUGGGGAAACAGUUUGAGGAGAGAAAGCUGUCAUCGAUCUGUGAGACUGAAGAGGUGGAUGUAGCAUUAAAGAAUGACUGCCCUAGUACAUUGCAUGGAGAUACUGACCAGCUUGUUUGUGAAGUUAAUGAUCCAAAGAGUGAUUCAAAUCACAAUAACAUGGAUUUAUCAGUGGACCAGGAAGUGAAGAGUGAGUCCGCUUUAACAUUAGAAGAGAAAUCUGUUUGCAAUUCUACUGAAGUGGGUGAGACAGAUGGCACAACGAAAAGAGGUAAUCCGGGCAGGAAAAGGAAGAGGAGAAAGCAUUCUGGUGGAGUAAAGUCGAGUAAACUCAAAAUUGAGAUGGAUGACCUGGAAGAUCUGACUGAUGAGGAAGUACUGGGUUCCCCAGAUAACAUGAGCGAGAGUAAUGAAAUUAACCUGGAUUCUGCAUCAGAGGGGAUAGAACAGACAGAGGGAGGUGCACUUUGGGAUAUUUUUAGGCGACAAGAUGUUCCAAAGUUGCAGGAAUAUCUUAUGAAGCAUUUUAAGGAGUUUAGACACAUCCAUUGCAACCUUCUGAGCCAGGUUGUCCAUCCAAUUCAUGAUCAGACAAUGUACUUAACUUCAGAGCACAAGAGGAAGCUGAAGGAAGAAUAUGGAAUUGAGCCCUGGACAUUCGUUCAAAAACUUGGAGAUGCUGUUUUUAUUCCUGCUGGCUGCCCCCAUCAAGUUAGAAAUUUGAAGUCGUGCAUCAAAGUUGCGCUCGACUUUGUCUCACCUGAAAAUAUAAAGGAGUGCCUUCGACUAACAGAAGAAUUCCGUGUACUUCCUGCAAAUCACCGGGCCAAGGAAGAUAAGUUGGAGGUGAAGAAAAUGGCUGUUUAUGGAUUGCAAAGGGUUGUGAAAGAUCUGGAAGCACUUUCCAGGCUGAACGUGAUAUUAGCAAUUGGUUCUAGAAGAAAGCACUAGGCUGAAAUGAUCAGAGCAUUGUUUGGCUCAGUGAAGAGGAAAAGAUGAAGUGGAGGAAGAUCCUGAAAAUGGAAAUGGGACUCGAUGCACUUUCUUUCUUUUUUUUUGGAGGGGGGGGGGGGGGCGGAGGCAUUGGCACCAACGAAGCCUUCUGCAUUUUGAAUGAUCCUUGGUGAUUGAUUGACAGCAGCUCAGUUUUGUCCUCUGAUUUUAGUAAUCCUAGGCAGCGAGGACUUCCCCAUGCAAUGUAUUCUCUGAAGCUGGCAUUUUGGGUAUGACAAUUCCACCCUGUGUUGUAUAAUUUUGCACCCAACUGAAUCUCCUGUAGUUGAGAUAUGAUUCGGCUAAUUGGUCUAUUCGAGAGUGUCAAUUCUCAGGACUUCAGAGCAAUAUAAUUAGAGUGAAAAGUGUGUCACUUGUUUUUGGUGAUA